AUGUUCUCGAGUUCACUCAUUGCGAACAUCAGCAUCGUAUGCGUCCUUGCUUGCGGCGCCUUUGCGAGCAAUACCAUUGCCGACAAUGCACAGAUCGGAGGUCUCGAAAUGGGCUUUCCUCGUCAUCUCUGCCUACCUGCUACACCGCAAGCACGUCAAUCUCGAGUUUCACACAUCCCUCAGCAGUGCUACACUAGCGGACUCUCCGAUGUUUACGCCGAGAUGAUGUGCGACUUUGAAGCUCAUGACUACUGUACCCUCGGCGACUGUACGUACUGGAUCAACAUUGUCAAGGCUUUCAGUAAGCACAACAGUGCACCCGAUCUUGAGACAUACGACCCGGAGUUGUCGCUAAAGCUUAUCCACUUCGCGCUUGAGCUGCUUAUGCCUACCAUUCACAUCGGGCUCAGCAAGCUGUCCCUGGAUGCGCAGCACGGAUCUGUCAGUGAUGCGGAAGAGCAUCGGAUUAUGGACCAUGUCUUACGACUGGCCAUAAUACUACUCUGGUACUGCGAUGAGAGCCAAAGCCGGAUGCUUAUGAGCUUAAAUUGGACCGCGACGUUAGACUACACGACUGCCAUUCUUGUUGACCUGCAGCGAUACAGCUUGAGCACACGUUGUAUGCUCAAGUCCGGAGGAGCCACAUUUUCUUCACGUUGCUCCGACAUUCAAAAAACCCUUUCUAUUUUUGAAGACUUCACCCGAGAGUUUGCGCGACGUGUCGUUGAGAACACAUCUCAGUGUCCUUCCGAUCAAAAGCUGCACGAGGCUGACGAACUCUGA